AAAUUAAAUAUAUUCCAAAAAAAGCUGCUCAUAAGAAAAAUUCUCCAAAAACACACACCGUUCGAGUUCGACGAUUUGAAAAUUCUCUCUCUGUAUAUCGCUUUCUUCGUUUUUUCAGCUGUUUGAAUCCAUCGUAGAAACCUCCAAUUUUGUCGUUUUAAUGGAGGCAAUCAGAAAACAAGCCUCCCGGUUCAGGGAACAGGUCGCCCGCCAACAACAGGCUGUUCUCAAACAGUUCGGUGCCGGGGGAUACGGAGGUUCGGACAAUUUAAUUACCGAUGAAGCAGAACUUCAACAACAUCAGAAACUUGAGAAGCUCUAUAUAUCAACGCGUACAGCCAAGCAUUUUCAAAGGGAUAUUGUUCGUGGCGUGGAAGGAUAUAUCAUCAUCGGGUCCAAACAAGUUGAAAUAGAAACCAAAUUAUCCGAGGAUAGCAAGAAAUAUGGUUCGGAAAAUACUUGUACUAGUGGCAAUACGUUAUCAAAAGCUGCAUUAAGUUUCGGACGUGCUCGUGCUCACAUGGAGAAGGAGCACGGGAAUCUGUUGAAAGCUCUUGGCACACAGGUUGCUGAGCCACUAAGAGCAAUGGUUAUGGGAUCCCCUUUGGAGGAUGCGAGACAUCUUGCUCAGCGUUAUGACAGAAUGCGACAAGAAGCCGAAUCUCAGACAAUUGAAGUCUCCAAACGCCAAGCAAGAAUGAGGGAAAUGCCCGGAAAUCACGAUCUUGUCAUGAAAUUGGAAUCAGCAGAGACAAAACUGCAUGAUCUGAAGUCAAACAUGUCAAUAUUGGGAAAGGAAGCGGCUUCAGCGAUGGCCACUGUUGAAGGUCAACAGCAGAGGUUAACACUACAGAGACUUAUUGCUAUGGUUGAAGCUGAACGUACAUAUCACCAACGAGUCCUUCAAAUACUCGAUCAGCUUGAAAGUGAGAUGAUAUCAGAGAGGCAACGACUUGAAGCACCACCUGCACCUAGUGUGGUGGACAUGCCUUCACCCCCACCGUUUGAGGAAGUUAAUGGAGUUUAUACUUCUCAAACGCAUAAUGAGUCAACAGACUGCAUGGGAUACUUUUUAGGCGAGGUUAUGUAUCCAUAUAACGGCGAAUCCGACACGGAAUUGAAUCUGUCAAUUGGAGACUACAUAGUUGUGCGAAAGGUGACAAAUAAUGGGUGGGCAGAAGGAGAAUGCAAGGGCAAAGCAGGUUGGUUUCCUUUUGCUUACAUAGAAAAAAGGGAACGUGUUCUUGCCGGUAAAGUAACAGAAGUUUUCUAGACUUAAAUUCUGUUUUGUUUGCUGUUUCCUUUUUGUGAUAUAAUAUGUGGUCUCCAUCGUUGCGUUAAUAUAUUUGUAUGUGAUAUAUAGAAUAAAUGCCAAUUUUGUCACCGAUUUGUGAAUACCUUUUAUAUACUAUUUAUUCAAUUUAUUUUAUUUUAGUGACA